UGGACAGAAUUUCUAGUCACAGCCGGGUGGGGGAGGGGGUCAAGUUCAGUGGUGGGAGGAUCUUGUCUCUGCUUUUUGUGGAUGAUGUGGUCCUCUCAGCUUCAUCGAGCAGCGACCUCCAGCUCUCACUGGGGCAGUUCGCAGCUGAGUGAAGCGGCUGGGAUGAAGAUCAACACCUCCAAGUCUGAGGCCAUGGUCCUCAGCCGGAAAAGGGUCGAGUGUCCACUCCGGGUUGGGGAGGAUGUCCUGUCUCAGGUGGACGAGUUCAAGUAUCUCAGGAUCUUAUUUACGAGUGAGGGUAGGAUGGAGCGGGAGGUUGACAGGCAGAUUGGGGCAGCAUCUACAGUGAUGCGGACACUAAACCUGUCCGUUGUGGUGAAGAGGGAGCUAAGCCAAAAGGCGAUGCUCUCGAUUUACUGGUUGAUCUACGUUCCAACCCUCACCUAUGGUCAUGAGCUUUGGGUAAUGACCAAAAUGAGAUUCCUUCACAGGGUGGCCGGGCUCAGCCUUACAGAUAGGGUGAGGAGUUUGGACAUUUGGGAGGGACUUGGAGUAGAGUCGCUGCUCCUCCAUGUCGAGAGAAGCCACUUGAGGUGGUUCGGGCAUCUAGUGAGGAUGCCUCCUGGACGCCUCCCUGGGGAGAGGUUUGGGGCAUGUCUAUCCAGGAGGAGACCUCGGGGCUGACCCAGGACAUGUUGGAGGGAUUAUAUCUCUCAGCUGGCCUAGGAACACCUCAGGAUUCCCCUGGAGGAGCUGGUGGAAGUGUCUGGGGGAGAAGACUGUCUGGGCUUCUUUGCUGAGGCCGCUGCCCUCCGGAUAAGCGGA